UUUCGUACAUGCGUGUACCAAAACCACCGCGCUUCCUGCACCCUUCCCGCCCUUGAGCUCGGCCGCUUACUUUUUUAAGCGCGUUCCGUUUCACACCACGCGCUGAACGUAUAAAAACCGCCGGGAACGUAAUGAGAGCAAUCAGUAGCCCUCGAGCAGUCUACGACAGAAGUGCACGAUGAGAUUUCUGAUUGUUGCCGCCGCCGUCCUCGCCUGCGCCGCAGCCGCACCCUCGGGUGCCCUGCUGGCCGGCCCCUACGGUCACGGGCUCGGGCUCGCCGGUCCCCUGGGCCUAGCCCACGGCGGGCUCGCCGUCGCCCACGCCGCCCCCCUGGCCGUCGCCCACGCCCCAGCUCUCCCCACCAUCCCCCCGGGUGACCUCCAGGGCGCCGCCAUCGACGCCCACGUCGAGGCCACCGACCAUGCCCGCGCCUCCGUCGACGCCGCCCGCGAGUACCACGACCAGGCUAGCGAGCUCCAGGGUCAGGCCAUCAACGCCGCCGAGGAUCACGCCUGGCAGUCGGUCGACGCCGCCCAGACCGCCCAGGCUCAGGUCGACGGCGCCGCCGCCGGAGUCGCCCCCGUGGUAGCCCGCCAGCUCGCCGGCCACGGCCACGGCCUGGCCUACGCCGCGCACGCCCCGGUGCUCGCCGCUCCUGCCCCCGUCCUCGCCGGCCACGGUCUCGGCUACGCCGGCCACGGACUCGGAUACGCCGGCCUGGGCCACGCCGCGCUCGCCGGCUCCCGUUCCGUCGCCACCUCCUCUCUGUCCCAGACCCACCCCGCGCCCCUGAUCCACGCCCCGGUCGCGUACGCCGCGCACGGCGGACUCCUCGCCGGACACGGCCUCGCGCACGGAUGGUAAACUGUGAUAAUUAACUUAGCCAAAAAAUACUCAAUUGUUCGGAAUGUAAUAUUUUUUAAUUGUAAAAAAAUGUACAGAUGUAAAGGCGAGGAUGUGUGUGAAUAAAUGGUAACUUAUAACGA